UUAUUGUAUUUUGGAUAUGCAGAUGGGAAACCUGGUAAUGCUGCUGAGUUGUUUGAGAGAGUUUCACAAAGUGUAAAGGUGAAACAUUAUAGUGAGGCACUUGAUGAUCUAAAUGCUGCUAUAGAGGCAGAUCCAACACUUUCAGAGGCUUAUUGGCAUCGUGCAUCUAUUCUUCGUCAGUUGUGCAGAUACGAGGGUUCAGAGAAGAACUACAAAAAGUUUCUGGAGAUGAAACCUGGAAAUUCAGCUGCAGAGAAGGAACUUUCUCAAUUGUUACAGGCUCAGAGUGCCCUUGAGACAGCUACAACUCUCUUUGAUUCAGGCGACUUUACAAAGUCAUUGGAGUAUAUCGAUAAAGUUGUUCUUGUAUUUUCUCCUGCAUGUUCAAGGGCCAAACUCCUUAAGGUGAAGUUAUUGUUAGCUGCUAAAGAUUAUUCAGGUGCCAUCUCUCAGACAGGGUAUAUUCUUAAAGAAGAUGAGAACAAUCUAGAGGCAUUACUGCUACGAGGUCGUGCCUACUAUUAUUUAGCUGAUCAUGAUGUUGCUUCAAGGCAUUUCCAGAAAGGUCUUCGUCUGGACCCAGAACAUAGUGAACUAAAGAAAGCAUAUUUUGGAUUGAAAAAUUUACUCAAGAAGACUAAAAGUGCAGAAGAUAACAUAAAUAAGGGUAAGCUGCGUCUGGCAGUGGAGGACUAUAAAGCAGCCCUUGCACUGGACCCAAAUCAUCUGGCACACAACUUUCACCUUCAUCUUGGUUUGUGUAAGGUCUUGGUUAAGCUUGGUAGGGGAAAGGAUGGUGUAAGUAGUUGCACAGAAGUGCUUGACAUUGAUGAGGAGCUUGUUGAAGCUUUAGUUCAGAGGGGUGAAGUGAGACUUUUGAUAGAAGAUUGGGGGGGAGCUGUAGCAGAUCUAAAGUCUGCAGUUGAAAAAUCACCUCAGGUUUGUCUUAAAAAAUUUCCCAAUUAUAUUAUAAGCUCUCUUAAACUUAAUUGAGAAUAUGUCUGCCAAUGGAGCUGAUUGGAGGAAAUGCAUCUAUGUAGCCAACCUGGUGUAAUUAGGACUGUAAGAUAAAUUGAUGUAUAGAGAAAUAGAGAGAAUGAAUUAUGUAUUGAUUGAUUGAUAUAUUGAUAUUCUGUAUUGUAUGUGAUGUAAUUACAAGAGAAAUCAACUCUCUCUUUAUAGAGAGAAGCAAUAUACAUUGGAUUCCAAAUGAUGGGCAUUACCACCGAAAGCAAAAAGAGAAAAGAGAAAGCUAUACAAUUGGCAAUAUUAUAUUAACAGU